AUACAAGUACAUAUACAAAUACAAGUAUAUCUGUACUCUAUGCUUCUCACCCAUAGACAAACCAUGAGGAUGCCUUGCGUGUUGUGUUCCACCAAGGACGUUAUAAUAUAUUAUAACCUCAUUGAUUCCCAUUCGACGGUGCUGCUUAAAAGUCACGUUUUCUGGACAUCUAUCACCAUGUAAAGAAUAUUCCUGGUAUAUUCAUUCACUGUAUGGGUAUAUGGUGUAAGGAAUAUUCUCAUUGAUUCUCAUACAUCAUACAACGGGUGUAGGAUAUAUAGGGAUAGGGCUCAGUGUUUUUCUCGUGUAAAUGUUUUUUGCCGUAUGUAUGUGAGCGACUGUAUGUUCUCCAUAUAUUCUUGAUCUCACAUAACUCGUCCUAUACAUAUUUUAAUACAUACUCCGUGAUUCUAUGCUACAGCUUCUGUAAUGAAGCACGUGACAAAUAGUGACAGAUGCUAGGAGGAUUAUCUGUGCUGAGAGUAAACUAGAAAAUAGGGCUUUUUGCAGUGUUUAUUUCGUAUUAAUUUAAUAUGAAUAAUUAACUUUCAAUUUUGUCAGUCUGAGCUAGUUUUGAAGCAAAAUAUAUACUACCUAUUCUUCAGAUAAACUGUCACAUAAGUUAUGAGUAACUAUCUAACCUUGUGGGACCGCGAUUUAAUAAUUUCUUACUUUCAUGUGAUAUUGUGAUUGAAUUUAUCCAAUGUCGGAAAAUGAAACCAUCGAAACCCUCAAAUAUGGUGUAUGAUUCGUGUUUGAAUCGUGUGCAUUGAAACUGCCACGUCUGUAAGCGAAGUGCUAUUGGUACAAGUUAGAAGAGGCGAUGUAAAUUGAAGGAAUUACUCGUUCGUGUGUGCCUACAAAAUAUUUUGUUGAAACUUUAUUGCUUUUUAUAUUGUUCCAUUUUAAUAUUUCAAAAUGAUUCACAGUCUUUUCAUCAUUAAUUCGUCAGGGGAUGUUUUUAUGGAGAAGCAUUGGAAAAGUGUUGUUUCCAGAUCUGUAUGUGAUUAUUUUUUUGAUCAGCAACGUAAAGUUGGGAGUCCAGAGGAUAUCCCUCCUGUCAUUUCUACUCCACACCAUUAUCUCAUUAGCAUUAGUAGAUGCUCCAUGUUUUUUGUUGCUGUUUGUAUGACUGAAGUCCCUCCAUUAUUUGUUAUUGAAUUCCUGCAUCGUGUGGUGGAUACAUUUGAAGAUUAUUUUAGUGAAUGCACAGAAUCAAUUAUUAAGGAACAUUAUGUAGUGGUGUAUGAACUUCUGGAUGAAAUGCUGGAUAAUGGAUUUCCUUUGGCUACUGAAUCCAAUAUACUAAAGGAGCUAAUCAAACCACCCAAUAUUUUACGAACAAUAGCAAAUACAGUUACCGGGAAAUCAAAUGUCAGUGCAACCUUGCCUAGUGGACAGCUAUCAAAUGUGCCAUGGCGUCGAACAGGUGUCAAAUAUACAAAUAAUGAAGCUUAUUUUGAUGUGGUUGAAGAAGUGGAUGCCAUCAUUGAUAAAGCUGGGUCUACAGUUUUUGCAGAAAUUCAGGGUUAUAUUGACUGCUGUAUUAAGUUGAGUGGAAUGCCUGAUUUAACUUUGUCUUUUAUGAAUCCCAGACUUUUUGAUGAUGUAAGUUUUCAUCCUUGUGUUCGUUUCAAGAGAUGGGAGUCUGAAAGAAUACUUUCCUUCAUUCCACCAGAUGGGAACUUUAGGCUCAUGUCAUAUCACAUUGGUUCACAAAACAUUGUUGCAAUUCCUAUUUAUGUACGACAUAAUAUUUCUUUCAAAGAUGUUGCUGGUGGCAGAUUGGAUAUAACUGUUGGACCAAAACAAACCAUUGGGAGAACUGUUGAAUCUGUGCUGAUUGAAAUUCCAAUGCCAAAGUCUGUUUUAAAUUGUAGUUUAACACCAAAUCAAGGAAAAUAUUCAUUUGAUCCUGUUAGUAAGGUGUUGCUCUGGGAUGUAGGUCGAAUAGACACAUCUAAACUCCCGAAUUUAAGAGGAACAAUAAAUUUGCAGAGUGGUGCUCCUGCAGUGGAAUCAAAUCCUGCUAUCAAUGUACAAUUUAUGAUUAGCCAAUUAGCUGUAUCUGGAUUGAAAGUAAAUCGUCUCGAUAUGUAUGGAGAGAAAUAUAAACCAUUUAAAGGGGUGAAAUACAUUACAAAGGCUGGAAGAUUUCAAAUAAGAAUGUAAUACAUGAGAUAUGUGGUCCCAAUAAAUUUUGUUAUUUCUUCUUACAUGCAUUAUUAUACAUUUAUUAAUAUUGUUUUUAACCAAGGUUGUGGUGUCAUGACCAGUUUCCACACAU